AUGUCAUUUUUUACUGUGCACAGCGUCAGAGUAAGCUGGACAGUGAUUCUGUUGGUGGGAUAUUUUGUUUACUUGUUCCUGGGAGCUGCAGUAUUCCAAAUGUUGGAAAAGCAGGCAGAGACUCAUACCCGGAGUAACUUCCAAAUGAAAAAGCUCAAAUUUCUCACAAACUACAGUUGCCUGGAUGGACCAGCUCUGGAACGCUUUGUCCAGAUCAUUAUAGAUGCCUGGGACAAAGGUAUAAACCCUACAGGAAACUCCACAAAUCCAAGCAACUGGGACUUCAGCAGUUCAUUUUUCUUCGCAGGAACUGUGGUGACUACAAUAGGCUUUGGUAACCUGUCUCCCAGUACUGUAGGAGGUCAAGUUUUCUGCGUGUUCUAUGCAAUAUUUGGAGUGCCUUUGAACCUCACCUUCCUCAACUACCUUGGGAGAAGUCUGAAUGGCCACUUACAGAGGCUGGAGAGAAGCACUCAGAAAUCAAGUAACUGCAAGCAAGUGAUGAAGAUUUUCACAACGGCUUUCUUCUUGAUUUUUGGCACGGUGCUGUUCCUGGUCUUCCCACCAUUGGUCUUCAGUCAUGUAGAAGGCUGGACAUAUGGAGAAAGCUUUUACUUUGCCUUCAUUGCUCUGAGCACCAUUGGAUUCGGAGAUUACGUUGUAGGAACAGAUCCAGACAAAGACUACAUCUCCAUCUACAGAGGUCUGGCUGGUCUCUGGAUAGUCAUUGGCUUGGCUUGGUUGACACUGCUCUUCAAUGUGGGAAGCAGAAUACUGGAACGGAUCUUUCAACUGAAGUGGCACAGGAAAAAAUCAAACCUCGAGGUUGGACAUCGUUCCAAACAGGAGGAUUGUUGUUCCUAGUUUAAUUUUGAUGAUCUUCGAUUUGACUACCUCAAUUCGCUCAUCCCCUCCCAUUCUAUUUAGGCUUCUUUCCUCUUCAGUGCUUACAUUCGCCUUUCCUUUUUAUAUUCAUGGCAAGAUGCUUUCCUCGUGAUUUAAUGGUUCAUUUGGGUGAGGGAUGUUCAUGUUGUGAAGUAGACACUUACCCUAAGUAUCGGCUGUGGAACUCAAACUCAGGUGGAGCAUGGGUUAGCUGCAAACUGAAGAACCUUAUUUAUCACCUGAGCAAUUUUCCUCAUUUCCAAUCUUGAAGGAAUUUUCUCUAAUGCGCCAGUAUAAUACUUCUUGCAACUCCUAUGGCACAUUUAAGCCAAUGAUCUCACUGGUAACAAGUUCAGUUCAGUAGGAAAUUCA